UAAGCAUUGCACGCGUUGACCCCGAGUAUAUGCAGCAAUGUCUCAGUCAUUGCAUUCGAGCCUUCUUUCUUCCUUCGCACACAUGACAUCAUGGUGUCCAUAAAAAUCGUCGACACACACAUCAACAGAAAGGAGGACAGAGACCAUACAUACCCCCCUCUCUGUGUGAAGCAAAGCCUCCCAAAGAAAUGAGAAAGACAAGAGAACAGAACGAAACGUCUUUCAAAGCGGCCCCGUUGGGCUUGAAAUGACUACCUCAGACAAUGUCUGUCAUCCCAUGUGCGUACCCUACAGCGAGCGCUACACCUACGUCGACUCUCUCUCUCUCUCUCUCUCAUUGAAAGACCCCUCUGCCUUGAAAGCGCCAUGAGUCUAGUCUGCUGCCUUAGACCUAUGGCCUUGCUGCUUACACAUAGAUAAUACACAACAUACUCAGGUAAGCACACACAUACUAACUGCCAGAGAGACCCGCACCCAUCGAGUGCCGGUGACCGUGCAGUCUCAUCUCAUUCAGUCGCCACCAUCCCCGCCACCACCAUCCCCUCCGCAACCACCAUCCCCUCCGCCACCAUCCCCUCCGCCACCAUCAGAAUCGCCCCUGAACCAUAGAAUAUAUAUAUCACAAACCGACGAAUGCGUGGAGUAGUGAUAAAUGCAGAGAGGCACGGGGCGUUCGCGUGCCUACCUUCCUGCCGCACUGUGCCUGUCUGCCUACCAUCCGCCGCUGGAGCCGCCCCCGCCACUGACCGAGCCGCCUCCAAAGCCGCCUGAUUAGCUGAUGCCACCACCAGAGUAGCCGCCACCACCGCCAUAAUAGCCGCCUCCAGAGUAGCUGGAGCCGUAGCUGCUGUAGCUUCUGUAGGUGCGUUUGCUGGUGGUGGUGGAUCGGCGCGUCUUGGUCUUCGGUUCCUUUGGCCCGGCUGUGUCGUCGUCGGGCGGCUUCGGGCGGUUGUUGAAUUGGUACUUGGCCCAGCUGCAUGGCAUGCAGCGGUAUAAUCAGACAGACAUGCAGCCAGAAUGAAUCUGUGUAGCAAUCGGUUCUCUGUUGGCGCUCGGUUGGUCUUACAGGAUGGCAAGGAAGACCACGACGGAAAUGAGAAAGACCGUCACUAUGUCGUCGUUGAUCGGAUGGGAGACGGUGAUCGUAGUUGAUGGCGAGGAGGGGUCCUGCAGCUUGGCCUCCAGCAAGGUGAGGCCCUUGCGUAUGGCGCCGGUGUAGUCCUCCCGUCUCAGCUCAGGCCUGCGUCCAUCCGUCCAUCCAUCAAGAGACCCAAUGAAUCACUAUUCAAUCGUCUGUCUCCUCUGUGUGCCUCUCGCUGACUUCAUGUCAUCGAUGAUCUUGCUUAGGUCCUCGUUGCUGACCCGCACCGCCGCCUGGUUUGCCGUCCGGAUGUGCACCACCUUGUCAUCUCGACUCAGGAAGAACACCAGCCCGUUGUCGCAUCCCUUGUCGCCCACGCCCCACUGAUUGCCAAUCGCAGUGGCGUACUUGGCCGCAAGAACAUAUUUGUCGUCGCUCUCGCCCAGCAGCAUCUUUCGGACCAGUGCCACUCCGACUUGGAAGCCUUUCUCUUUCCCAUCAGGGCAGGCCACUUUGCAGUUGUCGCGGAUGUCGUUGAGAAUCCUCUGGAUCCCCUCUCGGUCAUAGACACUCGGCAGGAUUCCGUCGGGGUCACAUAUCCACGCCUGGUUGCGCAGGCCGCACAGCUGCAGGUCAUAUUGGGGAUUGGGGAACGGGCCGGAGGGAAGGGCUGCAACGGACAGUCACACACAUGACAUGUAUGUGUCUUGUCUUUGAUGUGCGUGCGGUUGUGCGGUCGCUUCCUCACUGAAAGCUCGAAAGCCCUUUCCAAAGAUGCCGGAGAGGGAGAACUUCUCGCCCUGCCCGCCGUCGGGCACUGUGAUGGUGCUCUCGUCAUCCUGAACACACACAAAACAGUGGACAAAUAUCGACACAUGGCUCUCCCUCCCUCCCUCCCUCCCUCCCUGUGUGUGCCUGUCUUCUCACCGCGGCAAUCUCUGCAGCCUCAGCAGACGAGACAAACCUUUUGCCAAUGCGCUUGCCGCCACUCUUGACCAGCCGGGCCGGCUUCACGAUGGCUGGCGGCGUGAGCUUGGAGGGAUCAAGUGUCGUCAGCGAAGGGUGUGUGAGGACGCCGGGCACUCGAAAGGCAGACAGGGAGGAGGUGCCUGCGAACGAGCGCUUGGCGGUGGGUGUCGUUGGGGGAGAGAUUGGCGAGACGAAGGCGCCAGGCUGGACGGCAUCUAUGCCUGCCGUGGCCAGCAGCACCGUUGUGAAGGCGUAGAGCACGGCCGCCAUCCUUGUUGAUGUACUCUCCCUUUCAGCAGUCGACGCCAGUCAAGACAGGACGGCGUCGACAAAACAGGAUGGAUGACUGCGGCUGGAAUGCAGGUCACUCACAGGCCUGAUGAACGCCGAUGCAUGUGCACAGAUGCCAUACCGACAAACUCCAUGAAGGGCGCUCCCUGUGC